GUCUCAGAAGCGUUGGCGCUGGCGCGCGCGGUGGAUCCUAACGUUGCACGGUCUACUGGCGUGCCCGGGCCACCAGUUUCCCUCCCUUCCAUCCUGGCGCCCCCUGGUCCUGGUUCCGCGGCCGCUCUGCCCCGGGCGCCCCCGCCCUGCGGACUCAGCGGACACAAUCUGCGCAGCGUCUCCUCCAUGUUGACCAAGCCUCUGCAGGGGCUCCCCGCGCCCCCCGUGACCUCCACGCCGCCCCCAGGAGGCAAGAAUCGGGAAGCAUUCGAGGCGGAGUACCGACUCGGCCCCCUCCUGGGCAAGGGGGGCUUCGGCACUGUCUUCUCGGGACACCGUGUCGCAGACCGACUCCAGGUGGCCAUCAAAGUGAUCCCCCGGAAUCGUGUGCUGGGCUGGUUCCCCUUGACAGACUUGGCUACAUGCCCACUCGAGGUAGCACUGCUAUGGAAGGUGGGUGCAGGUGGCGGGCACCCUGGUGUGAUUCGCCUGCUUGACUGGUUUGAGACACCAGAGGGCGUCAUGCUGGUCCUCGAGCGGCCUUUGCCUGCUCAGGAUCUCUUUGACUACAUCACAGAGCAGGGCCCACUGGGUGAAGGCCGAAGCCGCUGCCUCUUUGCCCAGGUAGUGGCAGCUGUUCAGCACUGCCAUGCCUGUGGAGUUGUCCACCGUGACAUCAAGGAUGAAAACAUCCUGAUGGACCUCCGCCGGGGUUGCGUCAAACUCAUCGAUUUUGGGUCUGGCGCCCUGCUUCAUGAUGAACCCUACACUGACUUUGAUGGGACAAGGGUAUACAGCCCCCCAGAGUGGAUCUCUCGACACCAGUACCACGCGCUCCCAGCCACCGUCUGGUCACUGGGUGUUCUCCUCUAUGACAUGGUGUGUGGGGACAUUCCCUUCGAGAGGGACCAGGAGAUUCUGAAGGCUGAGCUCCACUUCCCUGACCAUGUCUCUCCAGACUGUUGUGCCCUAAUUCGCCGGUGCCUGGCUCCCAAGCCCUCUGCCCGGCCCUCACUGGAGGAGAUCCUGCUGGACCCCUGGAUGCAGACACCAGCCGAGGAUGUACCCCUCAGCACCCCCAAAGGAGACCCCAGCCCCUUAACCUGGUCCCUGCUACCCUAAGCCUAUCCAGGCCCUCACUGGCUGGAAUAGCCAUCCCAUGGCCAUGCUACCAUGCUACAGAGAUAGUUGGACAUCUGUUGACCUGGUUUUACAGGUCAUUAAAAAUCCAG